CAUAAAGGCGCCGCGGCUUGCGAGGCCAAGCAGCCUCUGGGGCCAAGCGGACUCCGGGUUUGAGCAAGCCAUGGCUCCGUCUGUGCGCGUCGCGCUGCUUCUGCUGGCCACGCUGGCCCUGGCCGUGACCGUGAGAGCACAGGCCAACAGCUCCGGCAGGUCGCAGCGCCUGCUGGGCGGCCUCACAGACGCCGAUGUCAACGAGGAGGGCGUGCAGCGCGCGCUGGACUUCGCCCUCAGCGAGUACAAUAAGGCGAGCAACGACAAGUACCACAGCCGCGUGAUUGAGGUGGUGCGUGCCCGCAAGCAGGUUGUGGCCGGAGUGAACUACUACUUGGAUGUGCUGAUCGGACGGACCAGAUGUACUAAGUCUCAGCCCAACCUGGCCACCUGUCCCUUCCAUGGCUCGGGGCAGCUCAGUAAGAAAACCCACUGCUCUUUCCAGAUAUACACUGUUCCUUGGCUGGGCACUACCUCCCUAACGAAGUCCAGCUGCAGAGAGGCCUAGAGAGGCUUGGGCCUCUUCUCGCCAGCCCCCCUCCCCAACCCAUUAAGCGCAAUGUCCCCCAUAGGGCAUCUGCGGCUCCCUCCACCCUUAAAUUGCUAAGCCCCAUCCCGACAGAUGCCACAGUCUUGGAGAGGAAAAUAAAAACUUCUCCAGGUGGUUUCAAAAUAUCCGAGUGGCUCUAACCUUGUUGUUUUCUUUUCCUUGCUUUCAAAUGUAUCAGACCCGGGGGGCAGGGUCCUGCUCCUACUUGACUCAAUAAAAAAGUAGCAUCAACUA